AUGGCGGGCCCCGCUUACGUCCGUCUUCUCCUCAGCGGCCGCUGCUCGGCCAAAGCGGCUCCUGAGGGGAUGCAGAAGAGGAAGGAGGAAGGCUUCACUAGCAAGAUGCUCACAGUUUACACGAAGAAGAUGAUACUUUUGGCCCCUUUACUCCUGAUGAUGGGGCUGAGUUCUACGAAGGCCGCUACGGCUGAGGAAGAAUCGGGAACAGCGAUUCCUGCCGAAAGUCGCCCGUGCGUGGACUGCCAUGCCUUCGAAUUCAUGCAGAGGGCUUUGCAAGAUUUGAAGAAGACGGCGUACAACUUAGAUUCCCGAACGGAGACCUUGCUUUUCAAAGUGGAGAAGAGAACCUUGUGCGACUGUUUAGCCGCCAAUGGCCUGAACUGA